AUGUAUCGUGUUCUUCACCAACAUCCUCCCUAUUCGUCGACCGCCUCCCUCCUCCCUCCAACAACCACCCUACCUCUGUCAACAACCACCGCCUUCAUUGAAGAUCCCCUAAUGAUUGAUAAAUUGAACAACGUGGUGGUUGCGUCAUUCGUCUCACUCGAAGUUCCGUGCCCUAAUAAAUCAGCCAGAGCGUCGGAGAUUGCGGCUUUGUUAAUGUCGUUGAUUGAUAAGUUCAGAAGUGUGGUGACGGAAUUUUCUUGGAUUUUUGGUCCGAUCUCCCAAAUACAAAGGUAUUUCUCUGAUGCACUUCAGGACACUUGGAAUGCAGUUUUGGAGUGUACUUCUCGUCUAGAAUAUAUCGUUUCUACUCCUGCCAUGGCUGCUAGAGUCAUGUUUGGAUCUAACCAGAUUUCAAAAGAUGCAGUUCUUCAUUCUCUUAGGGAAUUAGCAGGAAAACCAUCUGAGCAAGUUUUUGUGAACAGUGUUAAACUCCCAAGUGAGUCAGUGGUGGAGUUCUUUACUGCUUUAUGCAAUGUCUCAGCUGAAGAAUUGAAGCAGAAUCCAGCUUGUGUUUAUAGCUUGCAGAAGCUUGUUGAGAUCAGUUACUACAACAUGGCCCGUAUCCGUAUAGUAUGGGCGAGAAUAUGGUAUGUUUUGGCUAAUCAUUUUAUUGCUGCUGGAAGUCAUCAUGAUGAGAAGAUAGCAAUGUAUGCUAUAGAUUCUCUAAGGCAAAUUGGGAUGAAGUAUCAGGAAGGUGUAGAGCUUGCUAAUUUCACAUUCCAGAUUGACAUCUUGAAACCAUUUGUUGUUUUAAUGCGAAAUAGCCGGAGUGAAAUAAUCGGAAGAUUAAUCGUGGAUUGCAUCGUUCAGAUGAUAAAAUCAAAAGUUGGAAGCAUUAAAUCUGGUUGGAGAAGUGUUUUCAUGAUUUUCACAGCUGCUGCAGAUGAUGACCUGGAACCAAUUGUCGAAAGUGCUUUUGAGAAUGUAGAACAAGAUGGAUUUAUCAAAGAGGGUAGUCUUAAUUCCGCAUUCGCUAUUUAUACUUCAAUGCAUGAAUCCGGUGUUACCCCUAAUGUUUUCACAUACACAUCUUUAAUAUACGGAUUUUGCAAAUUCAAGAACAUGGAUCUUGUUUUGAAAAUGAGGAAUGAGAUGAAAAGCAAAGGACUUGAAUUAGAUAUUGUGACAUAUGGUGUUUUGAUAGAUGGAUUUUGCAAAAAUCGGGACAUGGGAAGUGCAAAUGAAAUCUUUAAUGAGAUUCAUCAAGUGGGAUUAUCUCCAAACACAACGGUUUACAAUUCCAUGAUUAGUGGAUUUAGGGUUAUGUAA